GCCUCCUGCAUUUGGAUUGGAUAAUGCCCUCCAGAUUCCUGCGGUAUGAUUGGUUAGUCACCAUCGGGUGUUGUGAGUAGCCAAUCAGAGCGCAGAGUAGGCGGGAUUGUCCAGAAUGCGGAUGGGGAAAACAUUUACUGACAGCUGAUUCCGCUGCUGUUGCUAGCCAUAUUAGCAAGAAACAUCGAUAACUUAUUUAUUUCUUAUUAAAAAUAUUCAGAUUAAAUGUGAGAGACUGUAAAUACGUGGAGUUAAUUAUGAGGAUGUGAAGUUGUCGGCUGAAGUCGAGCCAUUUAUUCCCCAGAAGAAAGGUGUCGACUCCGCCCUUUUGAGCAUGAACCUAUCAGGAGAGGGCGCGGGAGCCAUGGGGGCGGAGCCAACCCCAAUCCCCUCCUACCUCAUCACCUGCUAUCCGUUCGUGCAGGAGAACCAGCCCAACAGGCAGGUGCCGGUGUAUAACGGAGAGGUGCGCUGGCAGCAGCAGUGUGGUUCUGCUCCAUAUGUGACGUACUCGUUCGUCUCCUCGCCCCCUCAGCCUGCCGCGGUGUGUAACGAUUACUCUUACUGCCCCCUGCUACCGCCCCCCUGCCCUCCCCUCAUGGGCUUCUACCAGCCCCUCACUGCCCCCUACGCCCCGCCCCUGCCCUCCGGCCUGGGAAACCCCGUAUCCGACACCUGUCUCAGACCCCCACAGCCACAAGGGCAGCCAAUCAGCAUGGGUGCACAGAGAGGGAGAGGCGGGGCUAGAGCACCUGUCCUGCCCAAGCAGAUGGCUCAGCCAAUCAGAGUGAAGCGUCCGGUGAUGCGCAGCGUGGCGGUGCAGAAGGAGGUGGCAGCUGCAGGGCCUGAUGGGAAAUCACGCACCGUACUGCUGGUGGACGCCGCUCAGCAAACUGACUUCCCCGGAGAGCCAUGUAGCAGCAGCAGCAGCAGCAGCAGGUGUGUGUCAGACAGAGUGAGUCCUCUGCAGUUCAGAGGGAAGGUGAGACGCAGACGCUCGUCUCAGACAGCCGAGUCUUCCAGCGAGCACGGAGCGAGCGAGGCCGACAUCGACAGUGACAGCGGCUACUGCAGCCCCAAACACACACUGGGCGUUGAAGCUGGAGUGAUGACUGCAGUUAGUUGGGUGAAUCCCUCCUCUCCGGCUCCUCAGAAGCCCUGGACUGACCGCAGCUCGUCCUUCCAUAGGAACAAAAUGGCGGAACAGAGGAAUUACUCUCAGGAGUUUCAGGUGGGUUUUAAUGGCCGUGGUGGAGGUGGAGGUGGAGGUGGAGGUGUUGGGGUUCAGAGGAGACUGCAGCAGGGUGGAGUUCAGCCUGAACACACACCUGAACCCCUCUACUUCCAGGAUGAGGAUGAGUUUCCUGACCUGGCCACAGGGGGCGCUGUGCAGCGCAACAAACCUGAACAAGUACAGCUCAAACUGCCCAAACCACUGUUGGAUAAUCUUCCGGAGAAUUCCCCCAUCCACAUUGUUCAGACUCCCAUUCCCAUCACCACCUCAGUGCCCAAACGAGCCAAGAGUCAGAGGAAGAAAGCUCUGGCAGCAGCUCUAGCUACAGCACAGGAGUACUGCGAGAUCAGCAUGGAGCAGAGGAAACUGCAGGAGGCUCUGACUAAAGCAGCAGGGAAGAAGAGCAGAACUCCAGUACAGCUGGAUCUGGGGGACAUGCUCGCUGCACUGGAGAAACAACAACAGGCCAUGAAGGCACGACAACUCAACAACACCAAACCCCUUUCAUACACAGUGGGUACGACCUCAGUGUUCCACAGUAAGGAUGCAGUCAGUAAGGGAGUGAUGAAAUCGUACACUCCCCCCCACAACAUUCUCGACUCCACAGCACCCAAAAUCAAGAGGGGUAAAGAGAGAGAAGUACCCAAAGUGAAGAGACCUACUGCCCUCAAGAAGGUGAUCCUGAAGGAGCGUGAGGUGAAGGCUAAGCUGUGUGUGAAGGAGCAGCCAGAUGACGAGCUUCACUUCACUGACACACUCACACAGGAGACAGUCUCACAAGAGGAGAACGGUCUGAGCAUGCCCAGUGACGCCUCGCUGUCUCCAGCCAGUCAGAAUUCUCCGUACAGCAUCACUCCGGUGUCGCAGGGUUCUCCAGCCAGCUCGGGCAUCGGCAGUCCCAUGGCCUCGUCCACCAUCACCAAGAUUCACAGCAGGAGGUUCAGAGAGUACUGUAACCAGGUGCUGAAUAAGGAGAUCGAUGAGAGCGUCACUCUCCUGCUGCAGGAGCUAGUGCGUUUUCAGGAGCGAGUGUAUCAGAAGGAACCCACUAAAGCUAAAGCUAAGCGCCGCCUGGUCAUGGGUUUGCGCGAGGUCACCAAGCACAUGAAGCUCAACAAGAUACGAUGUGUGAUCAUCUCGCCCAACUGUGAGAAGAUCCAGGCCAAGGGCGGUCUGGACGAGGCUCUGUACAACGUGAUCGCGAUGGCCCGUGAGCAGGAGAUCCCGUUCGUUUUUGCUCUGGGGCGUAAAGCUCUCGGCCGCUGCGUUAACAAACUCGUCCCCGUCAGCGUGGUCGGGAUCUUCAACUACUCCGGAGCAGAGGCUCUGUUUAACCGCCUGGUGUCUCUGACGGAGGAGGCGCGCAGGGCGUAUAAGGAGAUGGUGUGUGCUCUGGAGCAGGAGCAGGCUGAGGAGGCUCUGAAGAACGUUAAGAAGGUUCCACACCAUAUGGGUCACUCGCGCAAUCCAUCAGCUGCCUCGGCCAUUUCCUUCUGCAGCGUCAUCUCAGAGCCCAUCUCUGAGGUCAAUGAGAAGGAGUACGAGACGAACUGGAGGACGAUGGUGGAGAACUCUGACGCUCUAGAACCUCUGGAGAACGAGUUUAACAGAACGAGCGCGAAUAAAGACGCAGAGGGAAGCGCAGAUGGCGCACCGGCCGCGUCCCAAAUCGCCUCAUCCUCCUCAUCCUGUAAGGAGGAAGGGCGCACGGAGGACGGAUUGGAGCGAGCUUCUCAGCAGAGCACGGAGACGGGGUCUCUGGACGGGAGCUGCAGGGGUCCGACCACCUCGUACUCGUCCAUCACCAGCACCAGCAGCAUCACGCUGGUCCCCGGGGCGCUGGGCGAGGACGAUGAGGAGGACGAGGACGAAGACGACGAAGAGGAGGAUGAGUACACACCCGAGCCCAUCCUGGUGGAGGUGCCUCCUCUGAGCAGCAUGAUCGAGACGUGGGUGAGCACCACGCUGGAGAACCUGCAGCUCUCCGGCAAAACACACGGCGACGAGGAAGAGGAGGAGGAGGAGGGGGAGGGGGUUGAGGGGGAGGGGAAGGAGGAAGAGGAGGAGGAAGAUAUCAGAGGAGUGAGCGAUGAAGAGGAUGAGCUCGAGUCUUCUGUCGAGGAUAAGCAGAUGGAGAAAAACUCUGAUUGAGACACACACACACACACACACACACACUUCCUGCUAUAUCACUCACAACAACAAUCUCAGGAAACUGACGGGGACGGACCACACACACUUCCUGUAGUCAUGCAGCUGCACACACACACACACACACACACACACACACACACACACACACACACCUCCAUCUCCGUCCAUACUUGAAUGAAUUACACUCCUUAGUCCAUGCUGUGUAUGUGUGUGUGUGUGAUGAUGAUGAUUUUUCUGGACAUCUUAACUCACUUUACACACACACACACACACACACACACACACACACACACACACACUUCCUGUCUGCUCACACAUUAAGGGAUUAGUUAACAGCUUCUUUCUUUCUCCUUUAUUUAUUCGCUGAUGUUCAUCAUGACCAGAAUCAACGACAGCGUGUUUAUUAUUAUUAUAAUAAUUAUUAUUAUUAUUAUUAUUAUUAUUAAUGACCCCUUUCAAGUUUUACACACACACACACACACACACACCCCAUCAUCAUCAUCAUCAUCAUUAGUUUAAGAUUAAAAUCAUUACAGAUUAUUGUGAUGUAUUAAAAAAGCUCGACUCUGAUUGGUUCCUCAGCGGGACCCUCUCGUCUCUCGCUGGUUAAUAUCCUGACUGUUUUGUGACCGUCGCGUCUUUUGUCACCGUGCGUUAAUUCACGCUCGAGUGUGUGUGUGCGGCGCUAAUCGGAACAAGCGAAUCGAUCUGUAAAUAGCGUGUAAAGGUUGUUUCUAAUAAACGAUGCGCUUCUUAUUUAUCGUGUUUAAAUAACGACGGAACAAAAUGGACAUUUUCUCGGUGUUGGUUUUAAAUCCUGUGUGUUUUUCUCCUUUCUCUGGACGUGUGCCGAUAAAUCACAAUAAUCACGAUAUAACUCACGAUAUUAUCGCUUUUUAAGUAACACAGUUAGCUAAUUCACUUGGGCUAGCUAGCUAGUUCCAUACAUUACCUGUCAUGUGCUAGCUACAUUUUUUUUUUCAAACAAUAACAAAUCAGUUCAUCCGUUUAUUUAUUUACCGUUGGCCACAGAUGUAGUGAUUGGCAUAAAACAUAUAAUAACUAGCCUAAUGUUAUGUUAGCUAGCUUGCUAGUAAUGUUAGCUGGGUAUGUAAGGUGAAAUAGCUACAGUUUGAGGUAACAUAAGCUAAGGAAGAUGUUAGCUAGCUACACGUGACCAUGGCAACGAUCAUCUUCAAUCUAUGACAUGUUUUAUCUCAACACUGCUCCCUACCUAGGCAGCCUAUCGAGUGGAAUGUUUGAAGCAUCCAUGCUAACAGCGUAGCGUAUCGUGUGAGUGAUUAUCGGCACGUGCCUAGCGUGAUUAUUACUGAUCUGUACAGGUCACCUGUGUUCAGGUGAGUGUGUCUUUCCUGCUUCAAUUAGAUUUAGGCUUUUUUUUUUUUUAUUUUUUUUUUUAGUUUUUUUUGUUUCUCUGUACUCCCUUUAAAGUAAGUGUUAUAGUGAAUGUAGAUCAGUAAAAAACUUUCAGGAAAAAAUAUAAAAUCUACCGUCAGGUCCGAAAGUCUGAGUGCACGACCAAGAACUGUUUAUAUUCUGUUCUGCAGUUAAACACUUAAACUGAUUCUGGUGUAGAGUAAAGAGUCAUCGUACAUCAUACUGCCUGAUGGCGACUCCUCAAGUGAUUCACUUAGAUUUAAAAAUCACUCUGAGUCCAACUGAAUCAUUUGGCGAGUAAAUUUAUUAGUGAAUCUGGUCAGAUUUAAAUGUGACUCCUGGAGUGAUUCGGUGUAAAUGACUGCCUAAGUGAUUCACCUAUGUGUCUGUGAUUCCUUGAGUGAUAUACAUACAUUUAAACACGACUCUCCUAGUGAUUCAGUUACAUUUGUAAAUGACUCUUCAAGUGAUUGGCUCAAAUUUGUAAGUGACUCUUUUACUGAUUCUUUACAUUUGUAAGUGACUCUUUUACUGAUUCACUUACAAUUGUAAAUGACUCUUUUACUGAUUCACUUAGUAAACGACUCUUUUACUGAUUCGGUUACAAACACUUCCCAAAUGAUUUGCCUACACUCACAUUUGUAAACUAUUUGCAAAUCCUCGAUAGAUUCUAACACUCAGUAAUGACUCUUUAAAUGAUCCACGCACAUUUAUAAAUGACUCGUCGUGUAUUUUGUUUGGAUUCAAAACUGUCUCCAUGUAAAUUUAUAAACUAUUCCUUGUAAUGAGAGCACUGGGGAAUGUAGACUCAAAGCAUACAUUAGCUUAUAUUUGUGGCUAAUAGGCUAAUAAUUUAGUGUGUAGACAGAAACAUCCAGAACAUCAACACGAGAAAUAAUAUUAGUAAUAAUAAUAAUAAUAAUAAUAAUAAUAAUAAUAAUGAUAUAGUUCAUGGUGGUGACUCAGACUUUAGGGCCGGGACCAGAUGAAGGAAUUGUGCAGUUAUUAGGCUUUUAUGUGUAAACACUCUGAGGACAGUCACACUGUGUGUGUGUGUGUGUGUGUGUGUGUGUGUGUAAAAUCACAGAUCCGGGGCUUUAACACUCCCCACUCAGUCCAUCUUUACUCUUUUUACUUUUCUCCUUUUUCUGUCUCGUUCUGUUUUUUCAUUCUCUCCAUCUAAAUUUUAUGCUCUUUUUCCUCUCCCUCGAGCUCCUCGUGCUGUUUUUCCUCUUUCUCUUUGCUGUUAUUCUCUCUCUCUCUCUCUCUCUCUCUCUCUCUCUCUUUCUCUCUCUCUCUCGCUUUUUUCCCCACCAUAACUGAUAUAAUUCCUGUAGGAUGUUGGUGUGUGUUACUGAUUGCCUUCACUCACCUGUUCGUGGCGUUUCAGCUUUAUUUGGUUGAAGAUUAACAUUAACACACACACACACCCGACUCUGUAUAACAGGUGUGUGUGUGUGUGUGUGUGUGUGUGUGUGUGUGUGUGUGUGUGUGUGUGUGUGUGUGUGUGUUGCGUCGUGGUCAGCGCAGUGUGAUUUGUCCUCGUGUGUGUGUGCUCCAUGUCAUUUGCACUAUGUAAAUAUUGCAGACUGAUUGUGACUGUGGUGUUCAUGUGAAACGGUGAUAUGAAGGAUUUCUGUCGUGCUGCUUGUGUUUCUGCAGGAGCUUCUCUAAAAACACACACACACACUCUUUAAUGUGCUCUUUAUGACAUCUCCUGACCAAUUAACACCAUUAAACUCUUGUAAUGAAAACCAA